AUGCUUCUUAAAGUUUACUUCUUUGUUGCUAUCAUUUCCAAUCUUUCAUAUUGCUUACGAUUACCGAGAAGUGCUGGUGUAUGGCAACCAAUUCCGGAACAAGAUAAAGUGAAGGAUAAGCAUAAUAUUGCAUGGAGUGAUUGGAAUGGUGGACAUGAUAGCGGAUAUGUGAUUAAGAAGGAUGGACAUCAUGAGAAGGAUUCUGAGACAUUUAAUCAUGCAGUAAAACAGGAAGCGGAAGAGCAUGCUCUGAAAUCAGCAGCUGGUAUUGGUAAGCAUGCAUCAGCUGCUGCUGAAAAAGGUGCAGCCAAACAUGUUGAUGAAGCCAGUAUCCAUGGAAAAGAUGUUAAAGCGAAAACAUUCGGAUUUUUUGACUAUCAGUACAAACAACCGGAAUAUCACGUGGAGCAAUUUUACACUGAUGAAAAACAUCGUCAAAAAACCGGAGCUGACCGUUUGCAUCAUAGUUUAAAGGAUCAUGAAUCAGAUGUGCAUGCAGCAUCCGGUUGGGGUAAACAUGGAAAAGGAUAUCAUAACGAUGCGAGUGGUCUUAAGGCCCACGAACAUGGUGGACAAUUUCACGAUGGUUGGGCCAGUCAUGUUCGUAAGGGAUAUGAACAUGAGGGUGAGAAGGAUUAUUCGAAAGGUCAUGGAGCACAUAAAGGAAACUAUCAUCAUAAUAUUGUAUCAGAACCUCCUUAUCAUCAUCAUAAUCAUCACCAUGGACAUCACGACGGGUGGAGUGCACCGUACGAAGAUGGUUAUGAACACGGAUCCGGUCCAUGGGAUAAUCCGGCGGGACAUGAUGUGUGGGAUAAAUGGCACCACGGUUGGAAUACGGAUUAG